UAAAAAAAAAAAAAAAUAAUGGCCUCAUGCCUAUAAAAUAGCAUGACAAACCAUACCUAGUCCACAGCAGAAUAGAGUCACUAACUAAUCCUUCUCCACCACCACCACCACCGCCGCCAUUAAUCCACAAAACUUGAAGCUUUUAAUUAGUUUGGUGUAAACUCCAGCUAAUCAACAAUUAAAACCAUGCCGAAAAAGAUGGUGAUCAAGGUUUCCAUGAACAGCGACAAGUCUCGCAAAAGGGCUCUGGAAAUAGCGGUUGGCGUUUAUGGGGUGCAAUCGGUGGCUUUAGGAGAAAAGGAUAAAAACCAGCUAGAAGUGAUCGGAGAAGUAGACCCAGUGAAACUUACAAGUUCGCUAAGGAAGAAGUCAGCAAAAUGGCCCAACUUUCUCACCUGUGUAUUACCAAAGUGUAAGAUGGUGCACGCAGAGCUAGUAAGCGUGAGCGAUGUAGGAGAGCCAAAAAAAGUUGAAGUGCCCGUCGCUGUGUCGUGGGGGGGCAGUGUCCCUCUACCACAGUACCAAUAUGUGUGCUAUAAAGACCCUGAUCCCUGCUUUCCUUGUUCCAUCUUGUGAGAAUUAACUAACUAUACCAGAAUACCAGAAUACCUAGCUAUAUAAGACAUACAAGAAAGGGAUGGAAGCCUUCAACUCUUUCUGUAAUUUUGUUUCAACUUUGUCAAGUUCUUGUUCCAUCUUUAUUGUAAUAUUCCAAUUAAAAGAUAUAAUUAAAUUAUAGCAAGCUAAUUAUCCAUUUUCCCUACA